GCACGCGCCGCCUUCAGGAACCCCGUGCUGGUUGAACUAGCCGGCUAGCGUUAGCGUGCUAGCUCGGCUAGCUGUUAUUGUUUUUCAUGAUUUCGCGAGAACCAAAAUGGAGGAGACGGCCGCUGCCAGUGUCCUACACAGCCACUCCCGAGUCGUUGUGUGAAGCCCUCCUGCUGUAACGUGUAACCCCGAGGCUCGGGCAGCAGCUGCUCGAGUUCUCAUGGGAGGCUGCUGGGAGUUGCAUCGCCGAGGCGUUGCAGGAUGAGAAGCCGCUGUGUUCGCCAUGACUCUGAGAUCCACACUGUUUCCAAACACAGGGAUCAAGCAGGACGCUGACGCCAUCGACUUUGACCCAACGCACUUCGGGGGUCCUGUGAGCCUCAAGAGGGAGUCCUGUGACUUUGUUAUAGAUGUGCAAGACGUACACAGGGGCGAGAGCAGAUCUAAGGACUUAGACCAGAUUUACAUGACCAGUAAAGUCCCCCUCGCUGCCACAGUUGCAGAUCUAGUUCAAGGAGACAGUAAAACUGUGGGGAUAUUGUCCCCUGUCAGACAAAUGGGGGGUGAGGGAACCCCAGUGAAAGGUAAACCCCUCUCUGCUGACACUAUGGAUAACCCUCAGAUGGCUGUGAACAACAACCCCAAGGAUGCCGGCGCCGACGACAGCGUGAAGGGGGUCGUCCCCGGAGUCCUCGGCACCGCAUCCAUUGAACUCUCGUCCGAGGGCAAGUGGAGGAACAUCAGGAAGACCCCUGCAAAUCCCCACACGCAGGCCAACUGCCUCAGGCAGAUCCUCCUCCUCCAACUGGACCUCAUCGAACAACAGCAACAACAGCUGCAGUCCAAGGACAAGGAGAUAGAUGAGCUCAAAGCAGACAAAGAGACACUGCUUGCACGUAUUGAGCGCAUGGAGCGUCGCCUGCAGCUCACGAGGAAAGACCCGCCGCGUGACAAGCGCCUUUUCCAGCCCCUGGAGCCAUGGACCCCUGACAAGGAGGACAUGUGGGAUCUGGACGCGGAAGAGAGUCCGCAGCCAAACACAGCCGCUCAGCAUCCCUUUAGUCGGGGUGGCAAAGGUCAAAAGAGGAAAUCUUGCUUUGGGGAUGCAAAAGUCCAGAAAUCACGGGGCAAAAGUGCCAAGCUUAGCCCGCAGAAGCCCGAAACUCAGCCCGGCUCUCCCAAUCACAGAGAGCUGCGCAGUAAGGAAACCCCAGAGAAGACCGUUCCCAUGAGGUCAGGGGCAGAAAGGGACAUUAUGCUCCCGUGCAAAGAGGAGCCCGAGCUGAGCUGUCAGAUUGAAGAUCUGCCCUUCAUGUCUACUACAGAGAUGUACCUCUGUUGCUGGAACCAACCUCCUCUGUCCCCUCUGCGUGAGACUUCCCCUAAAAAGGAGGAAGAGGUGGCCAGUGAGUGGACUCCUCAUGUAGUACAUGAUAUGCUGAUUGUUUUUCCGUCUUGGAGGGAAAAUCCUAUAGAGCCCCUGGACGAGGACCCUUCCUUCACCCCCCCGGAGCCGCUGGAUGACAAUGUGUUUUUGAAACGCCACUUGAAGCUGGAGUUGGAUGAGAAGAGGAGGAAAAGAUGGGACAUCCAGCGAAUCAGAGAGCAGCGCAUGUUCCAGCGUCUGCAGCAGCGCAUGAACCGGAAGAAAGUCGUCCCGGAGACCGAGCCAGAGCUGUCGUCCUUCUAUCCCGACACUGAAGACGUUGAAACUAUAGUGAUCACUCCCUUCUUGCCUGUGGUUGCAUUUGGCCGGCCGCUGCCCAAACUCUCACAACAGAACUUCGAGCUGCCUUGGCUGGAUGACCGAAGCCGAUGUCGCAUCGAGGUGCCCAAAAAACACACGCCUCACCGGACCUGUCGGAAGUGAAACCCACGUGGCGUUAAACGGCGGAGAGAUGCCGCUCCGUGCUGCAGAUUUAGAGAAUGCUACACAUUUGUCUUGUCUGGGGAGGGACGGGGUGGGGGAGGCGCGUCACCAGUCGCUAUGUAUAACUGCUGUUGCUUUCAGUCUGUGGCAGAGUUCACGGCUCUCAAGUCUCAACGUGUCGCCUCAGACCAGCUGAUCUCCUGCAGAAUAUUGUGAUAGGAUGGGACGUAGCUGCGCCAGUGGAUGUCGAUAUUCUGGUCUCAUUUACACUUCUGAAAGGGGAGAUUAAAUGCCUGACGCCACAAUAUUUACAGUUCCCAUGUUAGCGGCUGUUGAAGAUUACACAUCAGUUUGUAUUCUUAAAAAAAAAAAGAAAAAUGUUAUGUGCAUGUUCUGUAACAUGUUAAAAAUACAUUUUGUAGCAGCUGUUCCAUCCUGAAAAAUUGGUUUUAUCACACAAAAAGUGGCGUUAAUCACUUUUUAUGCAUAGUCAGCUGAUAAUUUGGACUCUAUAUUGGAGUGCAUUCAUGUUCAGGGGCGGGCGGGUGGGUGGGGGGGGUUUGAAGAAACAUUAUUUGCCAUUUUGACUGAAAAGUAGAGCUUGAAUUGUGUGUCAUGAUGAGCAAUACGGCUACAACUUUUUUUUUUUUUUUUUGGUUCUGGGUCGUCCUACCACUCGUUCUGUGGAAAAAAAACAUGUCCAAAUCUGACUGUAUCGUGCUGUGUAUUGCCUAUAUUGUUCGCACACAACUAAAGAUUUAUCAAUGUUCAGUGUGAUAUCGGGAGUUUUGAGCCACACAGCAUGAUUUCAUAUUUUAAAAAAAAGAGAAUAUAUCAGUUCUUGCCAAUCCAAUGUAAGAAAGAAAAAGAAUAAGAAAAGCAAAUGAUUGUUACGUGUUCCUGGUUUUCUUUAUGAAAACUAAAGCACAGAAAAUUAGAGGGGUGGUAAAACUUGGCGUGAUACCCAGUGUUCUGUUCCCUGUUUUGUUUCUAUUACUUUUUUUAUUUUAUGUGAGUUGCAUGGACUCUAGCUGUUUUAAAAAAUAAAAAUAAAAAAGAUGGUAGCAUGGCUUAAACCCCAGAAUGGAGAAUAAUCUCUGCUCAUUGGGCAACAAAAACUACAAACUCUUGUUCUUGAUAGCAUGACUUUUGGCUGCUCUGUUCAGUGAGAACCUGCUGCCUCAUCGUAAGGCGAUCCGAUAACAACAAAAGUACAGUUUACGAUCUUAAUUUUUGUGUUUCCAAUCUUUACAAUGCGCUUACAUCCAGUAAAUACUAGGCAAGUUACGUGUAUGCAUUGGUGUCUUAAAGGACGCAGCUAUCUGACGUUCACGGGAAACCAUUUUUAGACGAUAAAUAAGCUUUCUAGCUGUAGUUCUAUGAUGUUCACGAGUAUGCUCUUUAACAUGCUGCCAGUUAAUCUCUCCCUCUCUGAGUUAAUCUCAGUCACAAUCGCAGUGUUUGAUUUCUGCCCGCGUUCUUUCUUCUUCCCUCGCUGCGUUUGCUCAACCUGUUUUUAUGAUGCAAUGGCUUUCUGCAAGCUUCAAUACUUCGACUGCCGGGCGUAUGUUGUAGGCAGAGUUUGGAAAUACAAAGUUUGAGUUUCUUUUAUUUUCUUCUAUUUUUUUUUUUUUCUGUACAUAGCUUUCAGAAACAAAUGUACAUAAAACAUGGCUGUUAUUUUUUUAUUAUUUAAUGUUGGAAGUGUUGAGUACAUUCAAUAUUGUUCUAUGAUUGUAUGUUGACAAAUUGACAGUUUUGAAAGUUAAAUUUUUUUGGAAUAAAAUUAACAUGUCUAUGAAA